ACAUAUUCACGAUGCGUAUUGGAUCAGUAACCUCGGCGAGCCCAAAGCGGCAACAUGAUACUCACUAUCUUAUACUUAUUGUUUGCAACAGUAUUCGUUUUAUUCCUCGCUUUGAUUCUGCUCAUAUUAUUGCCUGCGAUAUACAUUAAAGUUAAAUUAGAGCCCGUGAAAGGAGUAUGUAAAUCUGACGUGAGACUAGACGGGAAGGUCGCGCUGGUGACUGGCGGGAACCAAGGCAUCGGGCUAGAGACCGCCCGCGAGCUAGCUGCGCGCGGCGCCGCCGUCGUCAUCGCGUGCCGAGACAAGGACAGGAGUGCACAAGCCAUCGCCGACAUCACAGCCUCCACAGGGAACCACAACGUCGUGUACAAACACUUAGACCUCGCCAGAUUCAGCAGUGUCAGACAAUUCGCUGAAGACUUCAACAGCACUUACGAUCGCCUCGAUAUUUUAGUCAACAACGCUGGUUGCGGUGGUCUAAAAUGCAAACUGACUGGAGAUGGCGUCGACGUGGUGAUGCAAGUCAACUACUUUGGACCGUUCCUGCUGACGAACCUGCUAUUAGAUAAACUGAAAGCUUCUCAACCCAGCAGGAUCAUCAUAGUGUCAUCUUAUCUCCAUCAUUUCGGAAAAUUCCGCGUCAGUGAUAUGCAUUUACCCCUCGAGCAGGGAAUCAAAAAUCAGGUGCUAAUGUACUCGAGGAGUAAGUUGUGUGAUGUAAUGUGGGCAAAAGCGUUAGCCAAGAGAUUACCUGCAGGUGUGACUGUCAACUCCCUACAUCCAGGAGUUGUUAGAACCGAUAUAUUUAAGAGGCUUCCACCAUCAGUGAGGAAGGUGUUAGAUCUAGUGAUAGAUAUGUUUUCGUUUAAGACGCCUAAAGAGGGCGCUCAGACGACGCUGCACUGCUGCCUGGCUGAGGAGCUGGAGAACGUGACGGGGAAGUACUUCAUGGAGUGCGCAGAAGCAGGGUACAGCAGCCUCGCUGAUGACGAGGAUCUGGUCGAAGAAGUCUGGAACAACAGUAUAAAAAUCACCAAUACCUAAUGUUUAACGAAUCCAGUCAUUGAAGCCGAAACCAUUGUAAACAAUACAAUUAUAUUGUUAUUCUAAUUAAAUGCAUUUACCUACCACUGUGACAAGAAAGGUAAAUUAAAUUACACAAGUGUACAAUGUACAUACAUAUUAUAUCUACAUUAAUAAAAUAUAAUUCUAGUAUAAAAGUUCAAAUACCUAAACACGCUUCCUGAAACCCUGAUUCAAGUGCAGAAAGAUACGCACAGUAGCGUCUUCAGUAGUCGAAGCAGAAACUGGCGAAGCAACACUGUGUAGCAUGAACCAUUUCAAUUUUAGACCCUUCCUUUUAGGUGAUAUAGGCCACUUACUGAUGAAUUGCCUGAAAGAUGACAUGAACAAGAAGGGAGUGAGUGUCCGUAUGACGAGUGACAGGAAAGAAUGGAAGCAGAAGACAUAUUGCGCCGACCCCAAAUAAAAUUGGGAACAGGACAGGAAGACGAAGAAGAAGGUCUACUGCUGAACAAAGUUCCGACACCAUUUGUAUUUAACUCCAAAAUGAAAGAACCUACAAAAAUCAAUUUAGUGGUAGAUUCUUCUUGGGUACCUACUACUAAGUAAAUGGCUGUUUGUUUCCUACGGUUUUACUUGCGUCUCGACUAAAACAUCCUCGUGCACCAAAACAAAAAGUAUUGUUAACAUUAAGUCUGUCUUCAGAAAACGAUCUAUCUCUCUACACCCUUUUAUCACAAUCGAUUCAACAGUUUCACCGUAAAAUAUAGGAGCUAUACUGCGGGUUGUUCGAAAGAGGUACCGCGGCCCUAGCACAUAAAAAGGCCUACGACGGAACACGACGGCUUUUAGUCAGUAAGAGUCUGACACUCCCUCACCGCUGCUAACCCACAGCGGGAGGGGUCAUUUGAUGAUUUUUUACGUCGUUAAAAAAAAAAAAAAAUAGUCUGCUUACAAACAACCGAGGCUUUGAGUCAUAAAUUAUUUCGAUCAGAUCAUGCGGUUAAUAGGUACUUAGUCACUAAUAAAAUUUAUUGCAAUCAUUAAAUACAUUGUAAGAAGUAGGUAAUGAGAGCCCUGAGUGCAUAGUCCAAGGUUCGAUGCCCGGCUUACUUGUGAUACCUUUAGUUGCCUUUCUCAAGGAUACAGUAACAGUCUCAUGCACUCAUGAACGUUUAGUUAGACAACUUACUCAAAUAGAAACCCCUGACAUCGGAAAAUAAGAUUAGCUUCAGUCCUUGUAAUUUGAAGAUCAUUGAAACGAAUGGUUUGCUAAAAGCUAGAAAUUCCAACAAUCAGUCUUUCUUAUCUGUACCUAUUGUGUUGACUGACCCUUAAGACUUGUUUGAAAGAUAUCCCCACGACUUGUUAACCCCGUUUUCUGGCAAAAUCAAAUCAAAGCUAGACAGCUGAACUGAACAUUAUUAUUGAACAUGGUAUUCCUCAAGGUAAAAAUCGAAAUAAAGGAAAACUUGCCCCAAGGCGCUUUGCUAGUUCCAUACGUAAUAAUUUUGCACUAUUUACCUAAGACAUUAUAAACAAUUU